AUCUGUGGGUCAUGCUGCCUCAAUGUGAAGAAACAGGAAUGCUUGAAUACAGAUGUCAAUUUUAUAGGGCAAUAAAGUUUAAAAACAAGUAAAUCACAGAAAAAUUCGUUCCCUUUGCAAAUAGAGCACAGGAAUUCGGUUGAUUAUUGUAAAAAAAAGUAUAGCACCAUUCUUGGGACUGCAAAACAAAUUCGAAAAUGAGUGACGACUUUCCAAGAAGACCAUUUGCUGAAGGGCACUCACCAACCUCUGGCUGGUAUGUUUUUUUUUAUUGAAAUGCAAAACAAUGUGCAGUUGAAGAAGCAGCAAAACCCACCUACACUUCCGCUACAAGUUCCUUUAGUAAAACUCCGGUCUCGCCGUAUCUCAAUUAUGAUUCGCGAUAUCUGCAUCAAGCACAGCCAGAGUUCAUUUUUCCCGAGGGGGCUAACAAGCAGCGUGGACGCUUUGAGUUAGCCUUCUCACAGAUAGGCACAUCCGUAAUGAUUGGCGGCGGAAUUGGCGGCCUAGCAGGUAUUUAUAAUGGUUUUAAAGUCACAAAAGCACUCGAGCAGAAGGGAAAAGUGCGUCGAACUCAGUUAAUUAAUCACAUUAUGAAGCAAGGCUCGGGGACUGCGAACACAUUGGGUACAUUGACAGUGCUUUAUUCGGCUUGUGGAGUUUUGCUGCAGUUUUUCCGUGGAGAAGAUGACCAUAUAAACACAGUAAUUGCGGGCUCUGCCACAGGACUGCUAUACAAGUCAACAGCUGGCCUUAGGACGUGUGCUUUUGGUGGAGCUAUUGGGCUGGGCAUCUCGUCGCUCUAUUGCUUAUACCUAAUAGCACAAGAAAACAGUUCGAACUCAAGUCCGAAAUACCUAUAGAUGGCUAAAAUAUGUAGUAUGCAGACAUUACUAGAAUCCCUUCUAGCCGAUUAAAAUUAUAAAUACAAAUUUCUAAUUUUAAUUUUUA